AUGGGCAAUGUCACCAGCCACCCUGACGAGGGCGGCGCCCUCUUUCUUCGCGACCAGAACCGAUUAUCAAUCUCGUCCCUGGUCAUCGCCUCCCAACAGCGAAACUCUUCAGUCAUAAUCACCCCCAAUGCAUUCCCUGCGACCAGACUCGCUGCCACCCGUUCACUAGGCGAAAACUCCCCCGUGGAAUACAUACAGGAUCCCGACUCCUUGCUGUCCUCUGCGCCACCCUCAUUCCUGCUCAAGCUAACCAACGACGACGAUCUCACCUUCACCUUUAAUUUUGUCAUUCGCCAGACUUCCGGCACGCCCUCGGCUGCUACUGCCGGCUCCUCUGCUCCCUUGUCCGCUGGCCAAGCUGCUGGCGCCGGCGCGGCCGAUGCGAAUGGCAGCUCGGCUGUCGUUGAUACCCAGAUCUGCGGACUCACAUUUGUCUACGCGUCAUCGGGGCGCGAGGUCGAAAACCUGGUCACCCGCGAGUUUCAUGCCGACCCAAACCUCCACAAGAACUCAAACGUCAAACUGGUCGGCGACUAUUCCACCGGCGGCAGUUCUUCUGUCUCCUUUAAAUGGACCUGGAAGUGGAAGCCGCCCAAGGUCGCUGAGGACAAGGGGUGCGGCUGGCGACACUCCUGUAGCUUUGUCGAGUACGACUCGCGUGCGCAUAUGCUGCACACCUUGGCUAGCUUCUCCUUCUGGGUGGCCAACGCAAACCCCUUCUUCAGCCAUCCCAGCUCUCCUGUGCCCUUUCUGCUCAGCGCUGCCCCUCCCAAAAUACGGGUGGCCUCUGCCCAGUCGGUCGAGUCUCGCUUCAGCAAUACCGAAUUCGAUGAGCCUAGCUCGCCCCGCGUCGGCCUUCUGGAGCCGGGAACCAUUGUCGCUGCUCUGCCGCCACUGCCACCGCCAACUGCUUCCGCCGUUCCGGCUGAACCUGUCAGAGUCGACAUAACAUGUCCGCGCCCGGGCGACGACAUGACAGCAACUGAUGACGGACCCGUUUUCCGUGCCACCAUCAAGUCAUUGGAGCAGAAGACGGGCAACAUCCGCAUGCAGAUGAAGAAAGUCAUCAAAAAAGCCGAGCAUGCCCACCAAACCCAGGCAGAGGCUAACGAUGCCUUUGCUGGCUUUGUCGACGCCCUAAAAGAGACGUCAUCGACAAACGCAAAUGCUGUUCAGCCGGCCCUUGACCACUACUUUAACAAGAUUGCCCGCGAAAUUCUCUCGUAUGAGCGCCAAAAUGCGUUCAACCUGCAGCGCAUUGUCAUUGAUCCCCUCAACCGGCUGUACACAUGGGAUAUCAAGCAGGCCGAGGCCAAGAGGCGCGAGUUCGAGGAGGAGAGCAAGGACUACUAUUCUUACGUCGGCCGCUACCUGGGCCAACGUCACGACUCAGUCAAGGCUAAGAAACUAGCCGAGAGCGACACAAAGUACCAGACAAAACGCCGCAAUUUUGAGCUCAAGCGCUUCGACUACUCCUCCUUUAUGCAGGACCUGUCAGGCGGGCGCAAAGAACAGGAGAUCCUCUCCCACCUCACGCGCUUUGCCGACACGCAAGCCUCAGCCUUUCUCGGCGCCGCCAAGAAAGUGGAUGCUCUCCUCCCCCAGCUAGAAGCUCUCUCCAGCGAAGUGCAGCUUGCCGACAAGGAGUACCAGUACCAGCGCCGCGAACGGGAGGAAAAGCGCCGCGUCCUCGAGAAGAGCAACAUGUCUUACGUAGAGCCUGACUCUUCCUCGACGACUCAUGCAAACGGCUUCACUGUCAGUUCUUUUGCUUCUGCUGCCGCCGCUGCUGCUGCAAAUGUCGGUGCCAGCAUCAGCGCAAGCGCUGGCAUCAGCACCAGCAGCAGCACUGGCACUAGUAUUGGCAAUGGAUAUGGCAAUAGUGCUAGCAAUAGCGCUGGCGCAGGCACAGGCACAGGCACAGGCACAGGCACUGGCACUGGCACUGGCACCAGCACGAGUCACUCCUCGGACACGGAGCUGGGACGGGCUGAUAGUAUGGGCUCACAACUGCGCACAGUUAGCACAGGCGGGACGAUCGGCAACGCUGUCGAUCUGUCUCGGUCACCUGGGACCGUUGGCACCCAGCAUCUUGCCGUAGGCAGCCCGCCGCAAGCGUCCAAGUUCAAGGGCUUCCGAGAUCUGGAGGAGCGCGACCCAGCCCAAAAUGCGCUCUUAGAGAAGAACACGACCCUGCGAAAGGAGGGCCUCUUGUGGGCUCUCAACCGACCAGGCAACCACGUCGACCCACGGACUGCCCUAAACAAGCAGGGUUGGCACAAGUUCUGGAUCGUUCUCGACCAGGGCAAGCUUUCCGAGUACAGCAACUGGAAACAGAGGCUGGACUUGCACAUGGACCCCAUCGACCUUCGCAUGGCUUCGGUUCGUGAAGCAAGAAACGCCGAGCGGCGUUUUUGCUUCGAGGUAAUCACGCCUCAGUUCAAGCGCGUGUAUCAGGCCACGUCUGAGGAGGACAUGAACAGCUGGAUCACGUCCAUCAACAACGCCUUGCAGAGUGCCGUGGAGGGUCGUGGUGUUCGGGAGCGGCGAGCACCGUCCAUCUCCCCUUCUACGGGUUCGGCUGCCUUCCCGGGUCGUGACAUUGGCUCCAUCCUGACUGGAAAGAGCAUAUCUCUCUCGCACGGGCACCGGAACGCUGGAGGAGGCAUAGGACAGUCGAUGUCCGGCAACACAGGCAUUCCAAGCCGGCGCACUACCGUGGGAAGCCGGCCGAGCACUCAGCGAUCUAGCAGCGGCAGUUUCGAAGAGAGGCCGGAUAAGCUCUUGCAGAUGUUACGCGACAGCGACCAGGGCAACUGCUGGUGCGCAGAUUGUGGCUCGGGGUCCAAAGUGGAGUGGGUAUCGAUUAAUCUGGCCAUCAUCGUGUGCAUCGAGUGCAGCGGCAUCCACCGGUCGCUGGGCACACACAUCAGCAAAGUGCGGUCGCUGACUCUGGACAUUACGUCUUUCACGCCCGAUAUUGUGGAACUACUGCUGCUGGUGGGCAAUCGGGUUGCGAACAUGGUGUGGGAGACAAGGCUCGACUUGGCACUCAAGCCGACAGCACAGGCAAACCGUGAGCAACGGCUUCGGUUCAUCACGAGAAAGUAUGUUGACCGGGCAUUUGUGGAACCAAUUUCAGCGACGCUGUCGCGGUACCCUACGGCGGACGAGACGCUGCUGGCUGCCAUCAAGAAGAAUGACAUCCAGCAGGUCAUAUAUGCACUGGCGCUCAAGGCAAACCCGAAUGCGACAGACUUAUCCCGUGGGACCCCGGCCGUGUUUCUGGCGCUGGCUGCAGCCGAUCCGGCUCUGCCUUCAGGCAUGUCGGGGCCGCUGCCAUCGCCAGGACCAGUGGCAGACACCAGGCUGGUCCCGUUCCCGAUAGCCGAACUGCUGUUGCAGAACGGAGCCGAGAUUCCGUCGACGAAGCCGGCAAUCCCGCUGGGCCGAAGCGCCCAGCAGUACGUCGAGGCCAAGCGGGUGCGGACAGCCGGGCUGAAUGCGAGUGGUCCGAGUGCCGCUGUGUACGAAUCUGUGACUGCGAUCUCGUCAUCGUCUCCGUCUUCUGCGGCGGUCGCAAUGGACCGGCUGGCUCGUGAGAAGGAGGCGAGGCUGCAGAAGCGGGUGAGCGCUGGCGGGCGGCUGGCUAGAAGUCCAAUCCCCGAGCGGUAG